AUCAAAUUGUCGGCAUUCUGAACGAAGAUCAUUGACGUCUCUUCAAACUCUCCAAACUACUGUCAUGGCCAACCAGAAAAAGAAGACAAAGCAGCAGCCCACCAAUAAGGCAACCAGUGCAAAAUCUAAAGAUGACUCUGAAUCUCAGCCUGGAAAUCGCAGGCGUAAGAAGGGUACAUUAGAUCUCUCUAAAUAUCAAUUUGAUGGCGACUCCAAACAGCUUGAACGUGCGUUACUCAAGCUUGGUCUCAGAAUCAAAGACAUGACUGGAGAUGGAAACUGUCUAUUCCGAUCCCUUUCUGAUCAAAUAUACGGCAGCCCAGUAGAGCAUUUCAACAUCAGAACUCGUGUGGUUCAACACAUUCGACAGAAUCGUGUUUUAUAUGAGCCGUUUUUAGCUAUAGAAGAGGAGGGUGGAUUUGAUGCUCAUGUUUCCAGGAUGGGAAGAGAUGGCUGUUAUGGUGGAAACCAUGAAAUCGUGGCCUGUGCUCGAGAUUUCAAUGCUUUUGUGAUGGUUCACCAAGCUGAUGGUCCUGUUUGGAUUAUACAGCCUGAUGACACAAGAGAAACGCAAGGAGAGCGAUUGCGAUUGCAUAUUGCGUAUCAUUCAUGGGAGCACUAUUCAUCUGUUCGAAACAUUGAUGGUCCACUUGACGGAAUACCAAACAUCGUAAUCAAAGUGCAAGAAACGCCAAAUACGUCAUCUUCAUCUUCAUCUACAAACAAACCUGAUGAAUCGAAUGGACCACCGACAAGUCUGGAAAUCAUGAUUAUGAGAUCAGUCGGUGUUGACUCGUUAGAACGAGUGCGAGCUAAACUGAAGGCAUGUCGUGGAGACCCGAAUAGAACUAUAAAUGAACUAUUUGAAGAGCUGGAAAAGGAAGAUUUGAAUGAAGUGCUGGAAGAAACAGCAGCAAUAACGACAGAUUUGAAAGCAAGUCCCGCUGGAGACGAUGAUGUAGUAUGCCAAGAUCAACCGGUACACAGGUCGGAUGAGCAGGCAAUGACUGAUGCUGUAGAAGCUCAACCAACACCCAAUACUAUAGAAUCAUCAGCAUUAGAACCGCCGAAAGUAGAUUUACCUCAAGUAGAAUCGACACCGACAUCGUCAUCUAGCACCGAUAAUAAAGAAAAGAGAAUCUCUGGACGUGACAAGAAGGAAGCAACUAAAAAAGCUCGAAAACAGGCUGCAAAGGACAAGAAACGUAAAGGACCUGCGUCAAACCAAGUUGCCAACAGCAACAAUAGACCAGUCGGGACUAUCGUUGACGGGAUGAAUGCCAUAUCUAUAUAA